AUGCAGCGAUCCGGCGCAACACCUGCAACUGCAAAUGCACCCUUCUUCUCGACUUCCUUCUUCUCCUCUUCCUCCUCAAAGUCCCGUCCAGGCACGUCCUCAGGUGACCAGCAGCCACCGCAGCAGUCGCAGUCGCAACCCCCUCCUCAGCCCUCGCCCUUCUUCCCGCCGCCGCUACAAUAUCCCGCCGGUCCCAACGUUCUGACCAAGGAUCGCAAGAGCUCCUUCGGCCGCAAGCCUUCCUUUAGCUCUCCCUCCAAGUCCUCCAAGCGACGUGCGAACAGCUCCAGCUCCGGUGGAGGAGGCAAUGUCGUAGUCACCGACCGAAACGUCCCCCCCGCCCUUCCCGACUUUGCCCUCGCCGCCGCAGCGAAGAUCACCCGCGACGCCGACAACAUACAAAGCCCCGCCUCCGCCGACAGCUUCUCCAAGAUGCUCAGCCGCACACAUACCGGCUCAGCGAGCCUCGCCCCCGACCGUCUGCAGCCCCCGCCGGCCUCUGCGACACAUCCCAACAUGUGGCAGUCGAGCGAGUCUGUCGUGCUGCACAUGCAGAUGCAAGAGAUUGCCAACAAGAGGAUAUCCACCUUGGACUACAUCCGCAAGGCACACGAAGGCCGUGUGUAUUGGUUCAACACUAUCCUCUUCGACAAGCCCGACCUCCAACGCAUGCCCUCCUUUGACCAACGAAAACUCGCUCGCCGCGCCACGAACUACCUCCUCCUCGGCCUCUCCCUGCCUACCAUUGUCGAUCUCUACGCAAACACCCCCAUUGAGUUCCUACGAAGUCUGAACAAUCUACUCCAAGAAUUUGAGUCGUUCCAACAGCUCCACGGAGAGGGCGGCAGCUCUACAAGUUCGUUGUCGCGGGCACGCUUGCCACAGAUGUUCCGUCGACAAGGUGGAAAGUCACGGCGCAGCGCAAGUAGCGCCAACGACUUCAGCUCUUCCGGAGACGGCGCCGAUGGAGGCAUUGGUUCUUCCGGGAGCGCGAGCGCCAGCGUCAUGUCCUUUGCAUCCAGCGACAACGAUCUGCUCCCCGGCGAGGUCUACACCCAUCUUCUCACACCAUCCUUACCGUUCGAGCCGGACUUUUUCGAGACAUUCGCGACACUAUGCGAAGUGCUCAUUGACGUUUACACGAGGGUCUUGACGCUGGUGCCCACGCCCAGAGAGACGACGGCGCCGGUAGCUGAGCUAUUCGCAAAGGCCGAUGCCAAAGUGCGUAAAAUCAUUGUGCAGGGUGUUGUCAAGGAGUUCGAGGACAGCAGCAGAGCACACAUCAAGACGGAAGUUGCCAAUAUUGGCAAGGUGGUUCUCGGCGGACUAAUGUGA